UUUGGUAUAAAUAUUGUCAAAUCCCUUCAAGGCGGUUCCCAAGAUUUUGGAAGUCAGCAAUAAUAGUUUCUUACUGAGUUGUCCAAAGUUAAACUAAGUUAAAAUCAACAGGCUAGCUAAUUAGUCCAAUUGUGAUAUCUACUAUACACCCUAGAACAAAAAAAUGCGAACACAUGAAGAUAAUAGAGAUUUAAACCAAAGAAGUUGACAAAAUAAAAUUCCAAGGAAACCUUUAUGCCUAAAAGUUCAAAGAAUAGCUAGUUGGGCAUUUUAUAGCCUCAAAGGCCUUGGAAACCCUCCUAUAAUUUUGGGUGUAAGGGAUACAGACAGCUAGCAAAUAGACUUAUCUUUGAAUAGAGGUAAGGCCGAUAAGAAAGAAAUUUUGAAUUAAUUCAAGAUUUAGGAUGGGAAGUCUGUAUGGUUCUUUGUUAAAUGAUCCUUAAAUAUAUGGUUGUAGCUAUUAAAUCAAAAGAUUAUCCAAUUAAUGCCAGUAUAUCUUAAGAAAUAUAACGAACUAUUGGUUUGGAAUCUUCGAUGCUCAUCUCCCAGACUAGAUUUCUCAAGAAGUUAAUAUCAGAAAUCCCUUUAGUUUGAGAAAAUAAGAUCAUUGGCUUUAGAAUAAAAUACUAUUGCUCUUGAAUUAAAUAUGUUAAUAUUUAAUCAUUCGAUUU